UCGUCCCGAACACAGAGACGGUACGACGCAUAAUGUCAAAACUAUUAUUUAUAUUACUAGUAACAAUAGGUAUAGUUAGUGGUAAAUACAAGUACGAAACAAAAUGGUUCACUGUACCGCUGGAUCACUUUAGUUUUCAUAGAAAUGAGACGUUUAAAAUACGAUAUCUAGUGAACAGUGACUAUUGGGACGAUGGACACGGUCCGAUAUUCUUCUACACGGGAAAUGAGGGCCAGAUUGAAGCGUUUGCGGAACACACGGGUUUCAUGUGGGAAAUAGCGCCAGAAUACAAAGCGAAGAUAGUCUUUGCGGAACAUAGAUACUACGGCCAGUCGAUGCCUUUCGGGAACAAGUCCUUGGAGAAGGAAAACAUAGGCUACUUGACGGCUGCCCAGGCCCUGGCCGACUACGCGGACCUCAUCGACUACCUGCAGGGCGACAACAUAGAGCCCAGAUACCCGGUUAUAGCUUUCGGAGGUUCCUACGGGGGAAUGUUAGCAGCGUACAUAAGGAUAAAGUACCCGCAUUUAGUGAACGGAGCCAUCGCGGCGUCCGCGCCUAUACACAUGUACCCUGGCAUGGUGCCGUGCGAGGUGUUCGACAGGAUUGCGACUUCCAGUUUUAACAUCGCAAAUAAAAAAUGUGUCACCAACAUCAGAAACUCGUGGAGCACUUUGAGAACAUUCGUGAAAGCACAAAACAACAGCGAUUGGUUACAUAGCAACUGGAAUCUUUGCCACCCUCUCAAGAACUCCUCAGACGUCCAGGAUCUCGUAGAUUACCUUCAGAUGAUGUAUGAAAACCUAGCGAUGGUCAACUAUCCGUUCGAAGCGAACUUCCUUAUGCCACUACCAGCUCAACCCGUCAGGGUCGUCUGCCAAUAUUUGAAUGAGACGCUGAAAGACCAGAAGUUAUUGGAGGGUAUAGGAAAAGCUUUGAAGAUAUACGCUAAUUAUACCGGUAAAGUAAGUUGUGUGGAUUACAAGGGUGGAAACAAUUUUGGAAAUCUCGAUGCUAGCGGCUGGGAUUAUCAGGCUUGCACAGAAAUGGUGUUACCAAUAUGUUCUACUGGUGUUAACGACAUGUUCGAGCCGAAUCCGUGGAACUUCACGAAGUUCGCUGAGGGCUGCUAUAAGAAGUACAACGUAUACCCGCGGUCGAAGGGCGCUAGGGUGGAGUACGGCGGGGCUCGGCUCCAGGCCGCGUCCAAUAUUGUGUUUAGUAAUGGACUGUUGGACCCUUGGGCUGGAGGUGGAAUCCUCAACAGCAUCAGCGACACAGUGACCGCUAUUAUCAUCGUUGAUGCAGCUCAUCAUCUCGAUCUGAUGCCGUCCAGCUCCUACGACCCUGCCACCGUGAAGAUAGCGAGGACCGUCCACAAGCAAAACAUCGAGAAGUGGAUCAGACAGUUCCGCGAAGAACGUUCUAAAAACUGAUUUAUUUGGCUUAUAUUACAAAUAGUAAUCCAAUUGUAUAAUAUACUUUUAAUAGUAACUUUUUUAUAAUGGAUGAAAAAAAAAAUUUAAUUAUUUUAUUUCUAUUGAUUUCGAGCGUAAAAAGUUUCAUCAUCAUUACUAUGAGAAUCCCAUUCAUCCUUUCGUUAUUUUAAGUGUAAAUCUUUUAAAACGCUGAAAUGUACCUACAUGUUUUUGUUUCUUAUCAAUAACUUUCUUAAUAAGCUCUACAUUAAACACAAAACCCUAUAAUUAUAGGAAUCA